AUGUCAUUCCCGUCUCUUACCCCGAACUUAAACAACGGGGACGACGGAUUAAAAAUAUGGAGCUGCACGAACUGUCGCCGCCGAAAAGUACGAUGCGACAGAAAAGAUCCUUGCAUCCACUGCAGUAAAAACAAUAUCGAAUGCACAUUUCCUAUUGCUGGCCGGGUUCCCCGUCGCAAUAUUCGGGGAGUUUCAAAACCCCACAAGAUUGCACCUAAACAUCAGGAAUUAUUGAGUCGCUUGAGGAAUCUUGAGGAUAUGGUUUCGCAACUUGGAUCUCAGAUUGAAUAUGCAGCUAUUGAUAUAUCGGCUAAUAACGAUGCUCUCGAUUCAUUAUCUACUCCGGAAGAUUUAGUCCGGAUCGAAACGCCAUCAGCCCCUCCUAGAAGUCUAUCUGAUAAAACACAGUCUAAUACACCUCAGGAGUCCGACAACAUGAUCCUUGAAAAUAAUGGAAAUCUAAUCGUAGGAGAUCGUUUCUGGACCAUAUUUUGUGGGGAGGUUGAACGUAUAUUUGAAGCUGCCCGAGGUCCAGAGCCAUAUUCAUUCGAGAUUCAUAACGACUCGAAUGCAGAAUCGAGCUCGGGCUCUCGAAGCCAUAUCAACUAUUACAAUUUCCUCCUACGACAAGCUGACUCCGCUGCCAAAUAUGACUUAAUCCAUCCCCACCCAUCACAGUUACUGCUGCUCUGGCAAACAUAUGUCGAUGAUAUCGACCCCUUCAUUAAAAUCCUUCAUAUCCCCUCUAUGACGAGGCUCAUACGAGACCUGAGAGGCCAAUACCACUCUCUAAAACCGGCCACGGAGGCUCUUAUAUUUUCUAUAUCCUUCGCUUCCAUAUCCAUAUCGACUGAAAAUGAUAUUUCUCCACACUUCAAUACUACCAAGGAAGAGCUGCUAUCUCGUUAUCGACUAUACACAGAACAAGCAUUCGAGAAAGCCAGAAUAAUUACUAGCGAUAGCAUCGAAUCAGUUCAAGCACUCGCCAUAUACAUCUACGCUCUACGGUCAAAUGAAGAACAUAAAUUUAUAUGGACACUGAGUGGUACCCUGCUAAGGAUGGCUCUACGUCUAAAUCUCCAUAGUGACGUAAAACCCCCAACAGGUGCUAACGCCUUAGAAACAGAAAAUCAAAGGAGAUUGUGGUGGCAAAUUUGUUUAAGUGACUCGACUUCUCUUUCUGGUGUCACGAGACAAUCUGGUAUCGCUGGUCUUUCUAAAUUCCAGAUCUCAGAAGAUAUGUUCGAUACUCCAAUGCCUUCCAAUAUAGACGACGCAAAUAUCCGCAACAGUAUUCUCGAAAUACAAAAUACAACUCCUGGAAGGACAGAUCUUACGAUCUUCCUAAUAAGAUGUGAGAUUUGGCGACUUUCUCGUCGUCUGCAAGCUCUCUUAAAUGUUCGGAAAGACACCCACGGGACACCAGAAGACCCAAUGGAAUUUUUCAAAGACGCCCAGGCCCAGAUUGCAGAAACAUAUGCAAAACACCUUCGUCUAGAUAUCCCACUCGAUAAUUUCGUAAAGACAAUGACCCAGUUAUUCUUUUCGAAAGUCGAGCUACGCCUUCUAGAAACUUUACCUCCUGAUGACCAGAAAUUUGCACCGAACGCUCAAUUUCUGGUGCAAAACAGAUUUUUUACACUGGCCCUCUCGAUUCUCAAUGAUACCUACUCUCUUCAGCACGAGCCAUUAUGGAAACCCUGGAAUUGGCAUAUCCGGGAUCAGACACAACCAUACCACGCUCUUUCCAUCAUCUUGAACACGAUCUGUCGCCAACCGUGGGAUUCAAAAUUUGAAGAAGCCUUAACAUCAGCUAUAAGGUCGAUUGACGCAGUACCAGAAGGAACCCCUCAGCAUCGUUACUUUACAAACCUAUUGAGUGCCGCCCAGUCUCACAAAGGGAGCUACGUCACUCAAAAUGUUGCAAAUUUAGAGAUAACGAACCAAUCAGAUCAAGGCUCAUCUAUGCCGCUGCCUCCGCCCGAUGAGUUUCUACCGGCACUAUAUUCGAACGAUUUUGAUUUCACCAUGCUUAGCGACACUAGGGCAUCCACAUCUACCAAUAUUGAAGCCUGGGAUGACAUGGUAAAUCUUUUCGACCCUUGGGAAUCCGGGGAUAUCGGGGGAAUGUAA